AUGGCAGCACAAGCAGACGACGACCGCCUCUACCUCGGUUUUGAUUUAAGCACGCAGCAGCUGAAAGUGAUAGCGGUUUCAGACACAUUGGAGGUUGUCUACGAUGGACACGUCCAGUUUGAUGCCGACCUCCCAGAGUUUAAAACACAGGGAGGUGUCCACAUUCAUCCUGACCAUGUGACCAUCACAACUCCCACAAGAAUGUGGGUCAAGGCCUUAGAGCUUCUGCUAGACCGCAUGAAGGCGGAACAGUUUCCCUUUCACAGGGUCAGGGCAUUGUCUGGAGCUGGCCAGCAACAUGGGAGUGUUUAUUGGAAGGAAGGGGCAAAGACAGUUCUCACAAACCUGCAGGCAAAUCAGACCCUGUUUGACCAGUUAAAGGACUGUUUCAGUGUAGAAGACUCUCCCAUCUGGAUGGACUCCAGCACCACAGCACAGUGUAGACAGCUGGAAGAGAAAGUGGGUGGGGCACAGGCACUUGCUGACAUCACAGGCUCCAGAGCUUAUGAAAGGUUCACCGGCUCCCAGAUUAUGAAGAUCUUCCAGACACAGCCCCAGGCUUAUGACAAGACAGAGAGAAUUUCCUUGGUCAGCAGCUUCGCAGCAAGCCUGUUCAUCGGUGACUACGCUCCGAUCGACCACAGUGAUGGAACAGGCAUGAACUUACUGGACAUCUGGACCAGACAGUGGUCACCACAAUGCCUUGAGGCAUGCGGAACUGAUCUCCACUCAAAACUUGGACCAGUAGUUCAUUCCACAGAAAAAGUUGGACAAAUCUCUAGCUACCUAGUUUCUCGCUAUGGAUUCAACCCUGAGUGUGUUGUUUCUGCAUUUGUGGGAGACAACCCUGCUUCCUUUGCUGGUUUGUCACCUGAAAAAGGGGAUGUCAUUGUUAGCCUAGGCACCAGUGAUACUGUGUUCCUGUGGUUGACUAAACCCACCCCUGGCCUGUCUGGUCAUAUUUUUGCCAAUCCUCUCAACAGAGAUGACUUCAUUUCACUGACCUGUUUCAAGAAUGGUUCCUUGACCAGAGAGCGGAUCAGGGAUGAAAAAGCAGAAGGUUCAUGGGAAGUGUUCAGUGAGCUACUGAAGAAGACUCCGCCAGGCAACAAUGGCAACUUUGGUGUCUACUUCGACGUCAAAGAGAUCCAACCAUUUGCUGAUGGUGUUUAUAGAUACAAUGAACAGGAUGAGGAGGUUGAUUCCUUUCCGCCUGAGGUGGAGGUCAGGGCUGUACUAGAGGGACAGUUUAUAGCAAGACGUGUGCAUUCUGAGAUGGUUGGAUUCCAGUUUGGCCGAGGUACCAAAGUUAUAGCAACUGGGGGAGGCUCUAAGAAUGUAGAUAUUUUACAGGUUCUGUCAGACGUAUUUAACUCACCAGUUUACGUGAAAGAUGUCCCAAACUCAGCUUGCUUCGGCUGUGCAGUCAGGGCCAAGCACACAUUGCUUGGGCCAAGUGUACCAUUCUCUGAAGUGGUCAAGUCACUGGAUCCCCCAGUGUUGGUUGCCACACCCCGAGAUUCUGGGGAGCCCUUGGUUGGUGACAUCCUUGUCGAAAAGGUCAUUCAUCCCAUUAUCUGA